AUGGAAUAUGCUGAUGGAGCAUUCAAAGAUUUUAUGAAAACAGAUGAAUUUAAACAAUUAAGUUAAGAUCAAAUAAACAAAUUUUUUAUUUAAGUAAUAAAUUAAUAUGAUUAGAUUUAGAUGGUAAAAGGAGUUUAGUCACUACAUAAAUUAGGAUUAUUUCAUAGAGAUUUAAAACCAGAAAAUUUUGUAUAUAUUAAUAAGCCAAAUAAGCAAAAGAUUAUUAAAUUAAUUGACUUUGGAUAAACUAGAAACACAGAAAUUUCAGAUGUUCUUAAGACAAAUCAAGUUGGAACACCUUAAUAUCAAGCUCCAGAAAUUUUUACAGGUUAAUAUGAUAAUGAAAUCGAUAUAUGGUCUUUGGGACUCAUUUGGUGGGAAAUGUUAACAAAUGAAUUAUUUCUUAAAAGUAUCAAAGAAAAAAAGUUUUUAUAUUCCAACCAAUAAAACAUAGAUUCAAAAAUUGAUACUUGUAAGUCUAUUUAAAGAAAAGAAAAUAAUUUGCUAAAAAAAAUUUUAAAUUUAGAAGCUCAAAAAGAAUUUAAUUAAAAGAAAUUUUCAAAGCUUAUAAUAAAUUUGAUCCAAAAUCCAUUUAAAUAAUUUAAUAUUAAAACAGAUACAGAAUAAUAAUUUAAAUCAGUGAAGGGAGAGAAGAUAUUGUGUAUAAAGUAGAAGAUAUUAAAACUAAUGAUAUUUUGGUUAUUAAAGAAUACAAAUAAAUCAAUCAAAAUGAAUACAAAGCAAUUNGAAGAAAUACUUAGAAUACAAUAUCAAGUUUAUUUAGGUUUUUAAUAUUCAAGUUCUUAAGAUUAAUAUAAAUGA